GUAGAAAUAUUGAGUGUUUUAAGUGUGCUAGAAUGAUCAUUACAGCAGUGCUAUUUCCAAUUCUCGCUCACCUGUACGUGCAAGCAGCACAACCAUGGCAAGCGUUCGAUCCAGAACAGUCACUGUACGUGUACAAGCGUUGCUAUGAAAAUCACCUCCCAUCGGGGUCGAAUAGGAAGACUUACCUAACGUCGUGGAAUGCGUGGAAGUUGGAACCGAACGAUGCUAUUACCCAAUGCUACGCAAAGUGUGUUUUGAUCGGGUUGCAAAUCUACGACGAGAGGGAAAACGCAUUUAAGUCCGAGAGGAUUCCCGUCCAACACAAUGCGUUCAAAUCACUUAACCAGGCCAACGCAGAGGAAGUCUCUGCAUAUCAGAAAGCUGUGGCCGCUAUCAACCCAGGAACAGGCAGCUGUGUCGAUCUGUAUAACGCGUAUCUACCGGUACAUAACCGUUUCGUGAAUCUUUCCCGUAAACUGUACCAUGGUACGGUUGAUGGUGCCGCUAGAAUUUAUGCCGCAAUGCCUCAAAUCAAGCAAAAAGGAGAAUCGUUCCAUGCGUACUGUGAAAAGCGUGCAUGGAAUGGUAGGAAAAAGUCGGACAUGAAGAAGGCCCGCAAUUACGUGCUCACCGGCAGUCCGGAACUGAAGAAAGCGAUCGAUUGCAUUUUCCGUGGAUUGCGCUACAUGGAUGACAAUGGAUUGAAGGUAGAUGAGAUCGUGCGUGAUUUUAAUCUGAUCAACAAAGGCGAACUGGAACCCGAGGUCCGAUCAGUGUUGGCCAGCUGCCGUGGAAGCCAAGCGUACGACUACUACUCCUGCCUGGUGAACAGUUCCCUAAAGGAAGACUUCAAGAAGGCGUUCGAUUUCCACGAACUUCGAUCUGCGGACUACGCCUUUCUGCUGCGAGGAAAAGUGUACGAAGGUCCGGAAAAGGUUAAGGAGGAAAUGCAGAGACUAAACACUACCGUUCACUUCUAGAGCGUUUAAUGUUCUCAUUAGUCGUUCGGUAGGAAAAUAUAUUGAUUUACAGCGAGAUACGAUCA